CCCGGGUGGGUCGCCAGCCCCGCCGACCCCUCCCCGGAGUCUCUGCUCCGGGCCCCUGGCCCGCCGACCCCAGGUGACCUCCUGCCCUUCGCCGCAGCCUGGACCACCUCGUCUCCUGCGCGGCCCCUGCUUUCCUGUGGAUGAACUUGCGUCCUUUCUCUUCUCCGCCAUGGAAUUCCGCUCCGCGCGUCUAGCCCUCCACAGCCAAAGAAACCCCAGACAACAGAUGCCCAUACCCAGUGUAUAGCAGUAACUCCACAGCUCGGUUUCUGGGCCGUCGUUUACAGUAUUUAAUUUUAUAUAAUAUAUAUUAUUUAUUACCGCAUUUUGAUACCUCAGAUUCCGUUUACACAUCUUGAAAGCCGCUCAGUAAUUCUUAGUCAUUAAAAAACCACUACUCUGGAGAAUGGCAUCCACCACGGCGACGAUGAUCCUCGGUACCGCCGCGGCCCCCGCGGCCGCCGGCCCCAUGGUGGAGUACCUCUGGAUGCUCAUCCUGGGCUUCAUCAUUGCGUUCGUCUUGGCUUUCUCCGUGGGAGCCAAUGAUGUGGCCAAUUCGUUUGGUACAGCCGUGGGCUCAGGUGUAGUGACCCUGAAGCAAGCGUGCAUCCUCGCCAGUGUCUUCGAGACUGUGGGCUCCGUUCUCCUGGGGGCCAAAGUGAGCGAAACCAUCAGGAAGGGCUUGAUUGACGUGGAGAUGUACAACUCGACCCAGCAUCUGCUGAUGGCGGGCUCUGUCAGCGCGAUGUUUGGUUCUGCUGUGUGGCAACUAGUGGCUUCGUUUUUGAAGCUUCCCAUUUCUGGAACCCAUUGUAUUGUUGGUGCAACCAUUGGUUUCUCCCUUGUGGCCAAGGGGCAGGAGGGUGUCAAGUGGUCUGAACUGAUAAAAAUUGUGAUGUCUUGGUUUAUCUCUCCACUGCUUUCUGGUAUUAUGUCUGGAAUUUUAUUCUUCCUUGUUCGAGCAUUCAUCCUCCGUAAGGCAGAUCCAGUUCCUAAUGGUUUGCGAGCUUUGCCAAUUUUCUAUGCCUGCACAAUUGGAAUAAACCUCUUUUCCAUCAUGUAUACUGGAGCACCUUUGCUGGGCUUUGACAGACUUCCUCUGUGGGGUACCAUCCUCAUCUCGGUGGGAUGUGCUGUUAUCUGUGCCCUUAUCGUCUGGUUCUUUGUAUGUCCCCGGAUGAAGAGAAAAAUUGAACGAGAAAUAAAGUCUAGUCCUUCUGAAAGCCCGUUAAUGGAAAAAAAGAACAGCUUGAAAGAAGACCAUGAAGAAACGAAGUUGUCUCUCAGUGACACUGAAAACAGGAAUCCUGUUUCUGAGGGAGGGUCCGCCACUGUGCCCCUCAGGGCUGUAGUGGAAGAGAAAACAGUGUCAUUCAAACUGGGAGACUUAGAGGAAGCUCCUGAGCGAGAGAGGCUUCCCAGCGUCGACCUGAAAGAAGAAACCAGCAUAGACAGUGCCAUGAAUGGUACAGUGCAGUUACCUAACGGGAACCUUGUUCAGUUCAAUCAAGCUGUCAGUAACCAGAUAAACUCCAGUGGCCACUAUCAGUAUCACACCGUGCAUAAAGAUUCUGGCUUAUACAAAGAGCUGCUCCAUAAAUUACAUCUGGCCAAGGUGGGAGACUGCAUGGGAGACUCUGGUGACAAACCCUUGAGGCGCAACAAUAGUUACACUUCCUACACCAUGGCAAUUUGUGGCAUGCCUCUGGAUUCGUUCCGUGCCAAAGAAGGUGAACAAAAAGGUGAAGAAAUGGAAAAGCUUACAUGGCCAAACGGAGACAGCAAGAAGCGAAUUCGAAUGGACAGUUACACCAGUUACUGCAACGCUGUGUCUGACAUUCACUCGGCGUCUGAGAUGGACAUGAGUGCCAAGGCAGAGAUGGGUCUGGGUGACAGAAAAGGAAGUAGUAACUCUCUAGAAGAAUGGUCUGACCAGGAUAAACCAGAAGUGUCUCUCCUCUUUCAGUUCCUGCAGAUCCUUACAGCCUGCUUUGGGUCAUUCGCCCAUGGUGGCAAUGAUGUCAGCAAUGCCAUUGGCCCCCUGGUUGCUUUAUAUCUGGUUUACGACAAGGGAGAUGUUUCUUCAAAAGUAGCGAUACCAGUGUGGCUUCUGCUCUAUGGUGGUGUUGGUAUCUGUAUUGGUCUGUGGGUUUGGGGAAGGAGAGUUAUCCAGACCAUGGGGAAAGAUCUGACACCAAUCACACCCUCUAGUGGCUUCAGUAUUGAAUUGGCAUCUGCCCUCACUGUAGUAAUUGCAUCAAAUAUUGGUCUUCCUGUCAGUACAACACAUUGUAAAGUGGGGUCUAUUGUAUCUGUUGGCUGGCUCCGAUCCAAAAAGGCUGUUGACUGGCGACUCUUCCGUAACAUUUUUAUGGCCUGGUUUGUCACAGUCCCCAUUUCUGGCGUCAUCAGUGCUGCUAUCAUGGCGCUCUUCAUCUUCAAAGUGUGAAGCUGCUGCUUGAGAUUCAAAUUCGUGUCAAUGUUUGGGACCACCUUACACAUUCCUGCUCCUUUGAAGAAAGAUUACAGUGUUAUAGAAGACUGACACGAGUCGUUAGAGUUUGGGAGCUGUGGGAGGGAAGUGUUACUUGUGCUAUAAUUGCUUUUGUGCUAAAUAUGACUUGUCUCAAAAUUAGCUAUGUAAAAUAGCCGAGUUUUCACUGAUUCUUAAUAAGGUCCCCUUUCCUUCUGGGCUGUGAAUUCCUGUACAUAUUUCUCUACUUUUUGUAUCAGGCUUCAAUUCCAUUAUGUUUUAAUGUUGUCUCUGAAGAUAAAACUUGUGAAUUUUUUUUUUAAACCAUUCAGAGCUGUACGAGUGUGCUCUGCUUUGUUGGUUUCACCAGCUUCUGCCCUAACGUGCACAGGGAUUUAACAACAAAUAAUGUAACCGACGUUUCCCCUGUAGUCUCUUAUAGAAAUAGUCAUUGUACUCUGCCCUCCUGUCGGUAGUGGCAGGUUUGAUUGGUUUAUUUGGGAACUUCUAAGGAUGAAGUUCUUUGAACAUUGAAAAUUUAAGUUAGUUGUAACUUCUUUGCAAGUGAUUUGUUGAGGUAUUGCUAAGAAGUAGAAAGGAAUUCUUCUGCCAAUCUUGGUUAUUUCUUUAAGAUUUCUGGCAGUGGGAUGGAUGAAUGAAGUGGAAUAUAAACUUUGGGCAAGAUAAAUGGGACAGCCUUCCAUGUUCAUCUGUCUACCUCUGAGCUGAAUAAAAAAGCUACAGUUUUUAGAAAAA